AUGGCAGCCUACGCGCCCAAGCAGGCGGGCAUCCAGUCCAACCCCGAUGCCGAGAGCUCCCUCAAAUGCACGAAGGAGCUCUUCAAGGAGCCGAACCGUCCCAGGAGGAUCAAGAGCCUCACGUUCGGCGUCAUGUCGCCGGCGGAGGUCGCUUCCGCCGCGGCCCUGCAGGUGCACGCGCCGCAGCUGUACACGCGGCUCCCAGAACGCGCACCGCAGCAGGACGGCGUCCUCGACCGCCGACUCGGCGUGAGCAACAAGCGCGGCCCUCCAUGUCAGACCUGCGAGGGCAGGUUCGAGGCGUGCGUGGGCCACUUCGGGUACAUCCGCCUGGAGCUCCCCGUGUUCCACAUCGGCUACUUCAAGGCCACGCACGAGACCCUGCAGUCCAUCUGCAAGUCGUGCGCGCGCGUCCUCCUCGAGGACGCCGUGCGGCAGAAGUUCCUGCGGCGCGCGCGGCGCCCGGGGCUGGACCGCCUGCAGCGCGCGGCGCUGUACAAGCAGGUCAUCGAGAAGUGCAAGAAGGUCCGCGCGUGCCCGUGGUGCGGCGAGCCCAACGGUCCCGUGAAAAAGACCCCCGGGUUCUUAAAGCUGGUCCACCUCAAGUACGGCGACAAGGUCGACGCGCGCAAGGAGCACGAGGGCCUCGCGGAGCGCCGCGCGAAGUUCCACGACGUCCUGCAGGCCAACCAGGAGUUCGCGCCGCACCUCCGCACCGCCCCGGAGCUGCUGGACCCGCUCAAGGCGCUGGAGCUCUUCAGCCGCGUGCCCCAGAGCGACUGCCGGCUGCUGUGCCUCGCGGGGCGCCCGGAGAACCUCCUUCUGUCCAACGUCGCGGUGCCGCCGGUGUCGAUCCGCCCGAGCGUGGAGAUGGAGGGCGGCGCGGGGAGCAACGAGGACGACAUCACCGUGAAGCUGUCGCAGGUGGCGACGCUCAACGCGGAGCUGCGCGACCUCAUCCGCGGCAACAAGAUCGGAUCCAUCAUGGAGCGCUGGGACCUCCUGCAGAUCGAGUGCGCGCUCAUCAUCAACGCGGACCUCCCGGGGUUCUCCUCCAUCUACUCGACGGACAAAGUGAAGCGCGGGUUCGUGCAGCGGCUCAAGGGGAAGCAGGGGCGGUUCCGCGGGAACCUCUCCGGGAAGCGCGCGGACUUCACCGGCCGCACGGUCAUCUCGCCGGACCCGAACGUGGGCAUCGACCAGGUGGUGGUGCCGAUGCACAUGGCCACGACGCUCACGUACCCCGAGCGCGUGACGACGCAGAACAUCGAGCGGCUGCGCGCGCUGGUGGUGAACGGGCCGGAGAAGCACCCCGGCGCGCGGUUCGUGAUACAUCCCGGGGAGGGCACGGCGUACCUGGCGUACGGCGACCGGCGGCAGGUGGCGAGCCGGCUCAAGGUCGGCGACAUCGUGGAGCGGCACCUGCAGGACGGAGACGUCAUUCUCUUCAAUCGGCAGCCGUCGCUGCACCGCGUGUCGAUCAUGGCCUUCCGUGCGCGCGUGCAGAACUUCCGGACCCUGCGGUUCAACGAGUGCGUCUGCGCGCCGUUCAACGCCGACUUCGACGGUGACGAGAUGAACAUCCACGUGCCGCAGACGGAGGAGGCGCGCGCGGAGGCGAUCGUCCUCAUGGGCGUGCUGCACAACCUCGCCGUUCCCAAGAACGGCGACCUGCUGGUGGGCGCCACGCAGGACUUCUUGACCGCGGCGUUCCUCCUCACGCGCAAGGAGCUCUUCCUCACGCGCGCGGAGUUCAUGCAGCUGUGCGCCUACCUCGGCGACGCGUCGGAGCCGGUCGACGUCCCCGCGCCCGCGCUGAUCAAGCCCGUGGAGCUGUGGACAGGGAAGCAGGUAAUCUCGGUGCUGCUGCGGCCGUCCGCGCGCGCACGCGUCUUCGUGACGUGCGAGACCAUGGAGAAGGUGUACGUGCGGGGGCGCGGCCCGCUGUGCCCGAACGAGGGGUUCGUGCUGGUGCGCAACUCAGAGCUGCUGUGCGGGCGGCUGGGCAAGAUGACGCUGGGCGGCGGGAACAAGAACGGGCUGUUCGCGGUGCUGAACAACGACUACUCGCCGCAGGUCGCGGCGAUGUGCAUGUCGCGGCUCGCGAAGCUGUCUGCGCGGCUCAUGGGCGACAUUGGGUUCUCCAUCGGCAUCGGCGACGUCAUGCCGUCGCCAGAGGUGGCGCGCGAGAGGGAGGCGAUCCUCGCCGCGGGGUACGCCAAGUGCGACGAGUACAUCGGGGGCUUCCACAAGGGCUCGCUGCCGCUGGUGGCCGGGUGCGACUUGGACCAAAGCCUCGAGACGCACGUGAUGGGCGUGCUGAACUCGCUGCGCGACGAGGGCGGGCGGUUCUGCAUGAACAACCUCGGCGCGAACAACUCCCCGCUCAUCAUGUCGCAAUGCGGCAGCAAGGGCAGCCCGAGCAACAUCGCGCAGAUGGUGGUCAUGGUCGGGCAGCAGGCGGUGAACGGGAAGCGGGCGCCGGACGGGUUCUCGCAGCGGUCGCUGCCGCACUUCCCGCGCGGGUGCCGCACGCCGGGCGGGAAGGGCUUCGUCGCGAACUCGUUUUACUCGGGUCUGACGCCAACGGAGUUCUUCUUCCACACCAUGGCCGGGCGCGAAGGUCUCGUCGAUACUGCGGUGAAGACCGCGGAGACAGGAUACAUGUCUCGGAGACUCAUGAAGGCCCUGGAGGACCUCUACGUGCACUACGACGGCACGGUGCGGUCCGCACACAGGACGAUUGUGCAGUUCACGUACGGCGACGACGGGCUCGACCCGGUGUACAUGGAGGGCGCCGACGGCGAGCCCGUCGACCUGCCGCGCGUCAUGGCCCGCGCGCGCGCCCUCGUGCCGCUCCCAGACGACGCGUGCUCGAUGAUGCCUGACGAGCUCGAGGCCGCUGUCAAGGCCGGGCUCGCGCGGUGGUCGCUCCGUGAGGACGACGUGCUGCGGGCGCGCGUCCGGCAGCAGCUGGGCGAGGACGGCGGCGAGCCGGGGGACGGCAGGGAGGCCGGCGCGGUGUGGGCCAGCCGUGCGCAGAAGCCCCUGGACGAGGCGUCGCGGAAGUUCCUGGAGGAGCGCGACUUUAGUCUGAGCUUCACGGACAGCGUGUCCGACUUUUUGCGCAAGGAGGUCGACCGGCUGGUCGAGGCGCGCGAGGGGCUGGGGCUGCCCGUGAAGGGUUCGAAGCGCGGCGAUGCAAAGCUGGAGAAUCUCGUAUCGCGCAUCGUGCCCAUCAACGAGGCAAUCAUGGACAGGUUCUUGGCGGAGGCGGUGCGGAAGUACCGGGUGAAGGAGGCGGAUCCGGGCUCAACGGUGGGGGCGUACGGCGCGCAGUCGAUCGGCGAGCCCGGCACCCAGAUGACGCUCAAGACCUUCCACUUCGCGGGCGUGGCGAGCAUGAACGUGACGCUCGGCGUCCCGCGCAUCAAGGAGGUCAUCAACGCCGCGCGCAAGAUCUCCACGCCCAUCAUCGAAGCGCACCUCGCCGUCAACGACCAGGAGUCGGCGGCGCGCGCGGUGCAGAGCCGCCUCGAACGGACGCUCCUCGGGCAGGUCGCGCGCACGAUGCGCGUCAUCGCGGGCACCAACGACGCGCACCUCUUGAUCGAGCUGUGCGAGGUGACCGUGGCCCGCCUGCGCCUGUCGGUGUCCUCGCUGACGGUGCGCGCUGCGAUCCUGGCCAGCAAGCUCAAGCUCAAGCCAGAGAUGGUGCGCAUCGUGGGACCGAUGGCGCUGCACGUGUACCCCGGGGACACGUCGACUGGCGACAAGGCGGGGGAGUCUGACGGGGUGUUGGUCUCCAAACACCUCAACGACCUCAAGACUGCGCUGCCGCAGAUCAUCGUGGCGGGGAUCCCCACGAUCGCGCGCGCCGUCAUCCACCGCGAGAACGGCGCGGACGGGCGGCCGCGGUUCAAGCUGCUGGCGGAGGGCACGGACCUGAGUUCGGUGAUGAGCACCGUGGGCGUGAUGGGCCAGCGGUCGACGACGAACCACGUGACGGAGACGGAGGAGGUCCUGGGCAUCGAGGCCGCGCGCAGGAAGAUCAUCGAGCAGAUCGAGCACGUCAUGGGCGCGUACGGCAUGGCCGUGGACUCGCGGCACGUGGCGCUGCUGGCCGACUGCAUGACGGCGCGCGGGUCGGUGCUCGGCAUCACGCGGUUCGGCAUCGCGAAGAUGAAGGAGUCCGUGCUCAUGCUGGCCAGCUUCGAGAAGACCACGGACCACCUGUUCGACGCCGCACUCCACGGUCUGACCGACCAAGUCGACGGGGUGUCCGAGGCCAUCAUCAUGGGGAUCCCGAUGCCCACGGGAACGGGGCUGUUCAAGCUGGUGCAGAACCAGGAGGCGGCCGCGCGGGAGGGCCGCGUCGCCACGGACAAGGACCGCCUCGCGGAGCCCUGGCCGAAAAGACCCCCCCUGUUGCUUUCCUAUUGA